AUGGCCAACCAGCAGUCUCAGCAACUCAUUCAGCAGCUCUUGAAGGCCGAGCAGGAGGCCGACACUUACGUUAGCCGUGCCAGAGAGAACAGGACUAAGAAGCUGCGUGAAGCCAAGAGCGCCGCUCAGGACGAGGUCGCCUCUUUCCGUGCUAAGGAGGAGGAGAAGUUCAACCGUGACUAUGCUGCUCUUCAGAGCACUUCUGGUGGUGAGGAUGAGGAGCUUGCCAAGCAGACUCAGGCCGAUAUUGACGCCAUUCACGCUGCUUACACCAAGAACUCCAAGGUCGCCGUCAAGUACAUGGUCGAUCGUGUCUUGGAUGUCACCCCUGAGCUUAGCAGAAUCCAGGUCGAUGUCCUUUCCAUGUAA